AUUCUCAAGAAAAUUAAAGAAGAAAGAAAAAUUAUGUCGCUAAGCUGAUUCAACAUAGAAAAGUUAUACGAUAACCAAUUUCCAAUAAGACGCUUCAGUAGGUACGUCAUAGCAAAGCGUACUUAGAUAUAAGUAGAAGAUUUACUUUAUUUUAUUAUACAUUAGUUGUUAGAGUUGUGGAUUUAAUAUGAUUAUAAUAAGUAAACGUAUGCGAGUCAGAAUAACUAAUAAGCAUCUUAUAAGAAACGUACGUGUAGUAGAUAAGAGUUUGUAUGAGUAAGCACUCUACAUUUUACCUUUUAUAUUUACGUUAUACUUUAGAACUUAAGUAGUUUUAAGAACACAAGGAUGCAAUCAUUUAUACGGAAUCAACAUAAAGAAGAAAGAAAUUUGUUAAAGGCCCUAAAUUCAUUUCAUAUUUAUCGAAAUUUAUGGGGUUUGAGUUGACUUUGGCAACACUGACUGUUGCAAAGCGAACGUUCCACCAUUUUGAAUCGUUGGCGGAAGAUCUCCAAGCAGACGCGAGUUCCCCGGGAAGGUUCCUCAAAUUAUGCUGGUACAGUGAACUCGCCGCCGCCAACCACACCGGACAAGACAACUCGGAUUUGACGAAAACCCCCCUGAUUAGACCUGCUAUCGGACUAGACUAUUUCUCGGAUUAAACAAGAAAAGAGCUUACACAAACAACAUAAUGGACGAUUUGCUUUUAAGAAGGCUUAGGCUCAUUAACGACAAACUCACCACAGACAUAGAAGUUAUUCCUGUUACCAUUAAUUCAGAGAACUUAGGGCAGGCUCAAAUUACUUACAGUAAAUUAGAUGCAUCUCUGAAAAGACUUGACAACGACUUGAUGGAGUACUUUCGCUUGGCUUCGACACCUGCUUCUGAUGAAAUAUGUUUACUGAGUGGAUUGCAACUUCACACAGAGGAGACUUUGGCUGAACUUAAAGUGAAGAUCGACCAAAUAACUUUGAAAGGCAACGCUACAGAGAAACCUCCGGAAGCGAAUGCCUCAUGCCGACUCCCUAAACUUCAGCUGCCGGUGUAUAGUGGAGAUGUGCUCUUUUGGUGUGAGUUCUGGGACUCCUUCAAGAGCAACAUUGAUUCAAGAAAUCUGCCUGAUGUUGACAAGCUCUCCUAUCUUAAAGCCUCGGUGACGGGAGAUGCCAAGAAAGCCAUAGAUGGUCUGUCUACUACUAAUGCUAAUUAUAGAAUAGCCAUAUCAAUCCUGAAGGAGCGUUUCGGCAAGACCUCUCAUCUCAUUGACGCGCAUUAUGCAACACUAUAUAAGGUUAAGAUGGCCAAAAGCACCGCUGAAGACUGUAGAAAGACAUUCAACGAAGUUGAACGAAAUCUCAAAAUUUUGGAAUCAUUAGGUGAAAACAUCAAUCACAAUCAUCUUCGUUUUAUGUUGCUGGAAAAAUUUCCACCCGAUCUAGUUUACGAAAUUAAGCUGAAGGUUAAUGAUGAUUCUAUACAAGAAAUCAGGAACCAAUUAGAUAGAAUUAUUACCGCAAAAGAGGAUGCUGAAAGGAUUUCAGGAAGAAAACGCACGCAUGAAGCAGAAGAUAGUACAGUCGGAACUCUACAUAUAAAUGUGAAACGUGCAAGAAGCGCAUAUCAACCCAAACAGCAGCAAGGUCCCCCUAAGAAACAAAAUCCUCAAGGAGGUUUUGAUAGAAGACCGGAAAGGAAGAAUAAGUUUGAUAGUAUUAAUAAACCCAAUAAAUGGAACAGACCAAAACAAACUCCGACUUCUAACAAGGAUCAACCAGAACCUCAGCAGGGCUCUCCGAAGGGGAGAACAGCGUGGACAUGCAUCUUUUGCAAAGGUGAUCAUUACAAUGAUAAGUGCUCUGAAGCUACUACCUUAGCAGAAAGAAAGAAACGACUUGGAAAGAAAUGCUUCAUGUGUUUGAAGUUAGGCCACUUUAUAGAAGACUGCAAGAACAAACGUAAGUGUAGCAUUUGCUGUAGUGAGACACCGCAUAACAGAGCUUUAUGCCAUUUAAAUUUUCAGAAGAAUACUGCAAUGAAGAAACAGUCCUGA